UCAACGAAUACAGCUCCUCGCACAUAUCGUGUAAGCUUUCAUCCCAGCCGAUCGAACGAGCGCGCUCUGAAAUUCUUGCAAGUGCGCGCUCUGGCAGGCCAGACUGUGUCGCUAAUACAUCGCACUGUAAGUUAUAGCUGCGCGCAUUCUCGAGGAAGCCAAGAAAGCGCAGUUACCGGCUUCGUUCAUACGCUGCACUCGCUCUCGCGGCCUGGAAAGAAGAUCACGUAUACAGGAAGCUGCGAAUAAUCGAUCAUGCUAGUUGGUUCGAGCUGAAUCGCGCUGUAGCGCAAACGCACCGGGUGCGUCACACUUUCCAUGGCAUAUGUAUAUAGCUGGGCUAAUGACGAGCCCUCCCCUCCCGGAAGAAAAAACCUCGUUCUACUCCGCUUGGUUGCGUUAGGGCGCCUCGGCGCCCUGACCCUCCUUGUCGGUAGUAGUUCCUGGCCGGCCUUCGUGGCCGCGCCAAUCCCCUGUGGCGCCUCCAUGGCGUCCCUGGCGUUGCUUAGGUCAGCUGUAGUGCGUCAGUACUGCUCUGGCUGCGGCGCGACACUCAGUCGGCGACAUCAUCGUCGCCGUCCUGCCGAGCGGUCCCCGCUCUGGCAAUCUUUGCCGACCAUCAUGAUCUCACACCGUGGAGCCUUCGCGACCUAGCGUGGGUGGCGCGCCUGCUCGCCGGUCGACCUCGUCCUCAUGGCUUCGCGAUGCUUCUGGCGGGGCGCUCGCUGCUGCCGGGCUCGCAGUGGCGUGUCGCUGAGCGGCUCUUUCGGUAACGGAGGGCCGAUUGGAGCUGCUGGCGACUCUUGCUGUGGGCUGCUGCCGCGGCCUGACGUGGCGCCGGGCUCGCCGCGCGUGAACCGGGGCACGCUGCGGCGGGAGCCAGGACCGGCGUCUUCCGGGCGGCGGCGGCUGGAGCUGUGGGCGCAUCUACACAGUGGAGAGACCUGCUUGGCGAAUGCAGUCUGGCGAAGGCAGUCCAGCGAAGGCUGGCUGGCGCAGGCCGACUAAGCGAAGGCUGGCUGGCGCUGUCUGCUGUGCUAGGGUGUUGCGAGGCUGUGUGGACUUGGUUGGGCGGUGGGCGUGCCUGCACCGCCUGUGCUAGGUUACGGGCGCUAUGGCUUGUGCUGUCUGAUGGGUCGGACCGGCUGAUCCUCGUGGUUCAGCGAACUUGCACGGCCCUAGGCCGUCUACAGGAUGCAGCUUCGGGCUGCACCCAACAGUGUGAGGGCCCUGCCCUGUUGGUGCUGGUGUUUUGGGGUAGGAGUUGCACUUUGCAAAGUGGCAGUCAGUCUGACGCCGACCCGCGGCUUAGGUGAGCAGCGCUAGCGUUUGCGGUGAGCCUUGCUCGGGGUUCCUCCCCUCCUUUAGUGAGGCGAGGAGCAUGGGGGUCAUUCGAGGUUCCCUCCUCGAGUGUGCGUACGUGUCUCGUGCGUUUAUGGAGCCCUGGCUUGCCCGUGGCUGUCAUCCCACAUGUAACCUCUAUUCGCU